CGUCGCUGGCGUCGGGGCAGCGCACCACAGUGGGUUCUAUAUCCACGGACGUCAUCCAAGACGUGGGCGACUUCAACGGCAUCCUGGGCAAGGGGCUGUCAUCCAGCCAAGUCUUCGAAGAGACGCAAGUCUACGGCCCGUGCGAGUGCCGUGCGCGGUGCCUCGCGAACACCGCGUGCGUGGCAUUCAGUGUUCGUCCGCAGUCAAACGGCGCGCUCCUUUGUGGGUUGGCUAGUGCUAACGUCUAUGUCAACACGCCAAGCACCAUCCCUGGGGCUUCGUACUUCGUCAAGAAACAACAGCUGAUGGAACCUUGGGCCAUCGACCGUCUGUUUUACCGCAGUCUGAACACUAAAGCCAUGGGCCUCUUCGCCAACGAGGCGGCCUGCGAGGCCAUCCCCGGCUUCCGCCUGGUUGUGGUCAAGUUCGCGGCCCAGAUGCCCAUCAUGCUGGAGAUGUGCCUCGGCCAUCCACCCGCGGGGGAGACCCAGUGCACCGACAGAACGCGGUGGUUCUACGUUGACAUGCUCAAGAUCGGCAGCAACACCGUAGUCAAGAUCCAAGGAAACAUACUGUUGAGUGAUACUGACCUUACUUCAAGCGUGAUGAUUAACGAUCCAUAUGAAAAAUACGCCUUCAUCUACGCGCAUUCGGGGAAACUCCACGAUGAGAGCCCAUUGACGUGGAAUGUUUACCCUGUCUGUCAAGCCAACGUCUUUGGGGUAAACUGGUAAAUGUCGAGUAGUACUCUGAUCAAAAAUGUUGUAACGACGGACGUUACGAAGCAAGCCGUUCGAGUUGCGUUUAAAACAUUAUCAUUAAAAACAUUAUGUGUUAGUUGUCAGUAUGACUCCUCAGAGUUACGUUGAUAGUUAACUAAGUACAUCGGUCUGCUAAUGAUUUAACAAUACCAAUACACACGCAAUAAAUGUCGUACAAGAGAUAAAUUAACUGAUGUACAACAUUUCACAAGUUCAUUUACAUCGCGUCAGUCGUGAAAUGUUUUAUACUGGGCAUUUUGUCAUUCAGCAUCAACAUUUUAUCAGUUCAGUAUCAACAUUUUAUCAGUUCAGUAUCAACAUUUUAUCAGUUCAGUAUCAACAUUUUAUCUGUUCAGUGUCAACAUUUUAUCAGUUCAGUAUCAACAUUUAAUCUGUUCAGUGUUAACAUUUUAUCAGUUCAGUGUCAACAGUUUGUCAGUUCAGUAUCAACAUUUUAUCAGUUCAGUGUCAACAGUUUGUAAGUUCAGAAUCAACAUUUUAUCAGUUCAGUAUCAACAGUUUGUAAGUUCAGAAUCAACAUUUUAUCAGUUCAGUAUCAACAGUUUUUCAGUUCAGUAUCAACAUUUUAUCAGUUCAGUUUCAACAGUUUGUCAGUUCAGUAUCAACAUUUUAUCAGUUCAGUGUCAACACUUUGUCAGUUCAGUAUCAACAGUUUGUCAGUUCAGUAUCAACAGUUGGUCAGUUCAGUAUGAACAUUUUAUCAGUUCAGUAUCAACAUUUUGUCAGUUCAGUAUCAACAUUUUAUCAGUUCAGUGUCAACAUUUUGCCAGCUCAGGAUCAACAUUUUGUCAGUUCAGUGUCAACAUUUUUCAGUUCAGUAUCUUAUAACUAAUUAACUGGAAAUAAUCUAUUAGAUGAAGUAUAGUAAUUAGUCAAAUGGUGACUUUGGUUUUUCCACAUGAAGGAUGUUUUGUCUGAGGGUCAACUUGCUCAGUAUCCGAUCUUUAAACAAUGUUUUUAGGUUUACAGAUGUUUACUGGUAAGUGCGAAGUGUACUGAUAUAUUGCUGAACAUGUUCACCAGACAAACAAUCUAGUAAUGCACCUAAUUCUGUUUAAGCAUGAACCAAAUUAUUUACGUUCAAAGAAUAACCACGAAUAAAUUAUCGGAUGAUUAGUGCAAGAGGGGGAAUUUCUUGUCAAUCAAAUUGCAAAUUGUGUUAGAUAAUAUAACCCAUGGCACCUUUUUGUGAGUAUUAUUGUAAUUUUAAUUAAUUUGCUCCAAGAUAUACUGAGCCCAUGUUGACAUCACCGUAGCAUGGAUACGUAGGGAGCAUCUGGGCGUCUAAGCAAUUUAACGCCACGAGUGGGUCAUGGCAGAAAUUUAAAGGGCCAUUAGUAGGUCAGUAUGACCCACAAAUGGAGCAAGUGAGUCAAAAAGUGCAUCGCUAUUUGGUUGCAGGUUGACCUUUUUCAGUGGGUCAUCCAGACACACCUACUUCUCUCAGUGUAACAUUAAGUUUAGUGGAACUGUGGUACCAGGUUCAGAUGAAGUGUUAUAUUGGUCUUACUUUCGGUUGAAGUGUUAUGUUGAUAUUAAUUUCGGUUGAAGUGUUAUAUUGGUAUUACUUUCGGUUGAAGUGUUAUAUUGGUCUAACUUUCGGUUGAAGUGUUAUAUUGGUUUUACUUUCGGUUGAAGUGUUAUAUUAGUUUUACUUUCGGUUGAAGUUUUAUGUGGGUAUUACGUUUGGUUGAAGUGUUAUAUUGAAGUGUAUUACUUUGGGUUGAAAAUUUAUGUUGGUUUUACUUUCGGUUGAAGUGUUAUGUUGGUAUUACGUUUGGAUGAAGUGUUAUAUUGGUAUUACUUUCGGUUGAAGUGUUAUAUUGGCCUUACUUGCGGUUGAAGUGUUAUAUUGGUAUUCCUUUCGGUUAAAGUGUUAUAUUGGUCUUACUUUCGGUUGAAGUGUUAUAUUGGUCUUACUUUCGGUUGAAGUGUUAAAGUGGUAUUACUUUCGGUUGAAGUGUUAUAUUGGUCUUACUUUCGGCUGAAGUGUUAUUGUGGUAUUACUUUCGGUUGAAAUGUUAUAUUUGUCUUACUUUCGGUUGAAGUGUUAUAGUGGUAUUACCUUCGGUUGAAGUGUUAUAGUGGUACUUUCUGUUGAAGUGUUAUAUUGAUUUUACUCUCUGUUGAAGUAUUAUAUUGGUGUUACGUUUGGUUGAAGUGUGGUAUUACUUUCGGUUGAAAUGUUAUAUUGGUAUUACGUUUGGUUGAAUUGUUAAAUUGGUGUUACGUUUGGUUGAAGUGUUAUAUUGGUAUUACUUUCAGUUGAAGUGUUAUAUUAGUAUUACUUUCGGUUGAAGCGUUAUAUUGGCAUUACGUUUGGUUGAAGUGUUAUAUUGGAAUUACUUUCGGUUGAAGCGUUAUAUUGGCAUUACGUUUGGUUGAAGUGUUAUAUUGGCAUUACGUUUGGUUGAAGUGUUAUAUUGGUAUUACUUUCAGUUAAAGUGUUAUAUUGGUAUUACUUUCGGUUGAAGCAUUAUAUUGGCAUUACGUUUGGUCGGUAUAGCUUGCUCGUGUGUCUAGCUUUUGUGUGUUAUAUGAAUUGGCUUUUCGAUUUCCAUUGCACAUCUUGCCUUCGUGGCAACAGUCUUCUGCCGAAGACGACGAUUUUUCAAGGGUCAACAUAAGUUAGAAGGGAAUAUUAGCAGGUUGAAUCAGACUUCAGCGCCAGUCAAUAUUCCAAUUCAACGCCGCAAUUGAAAAACAAUCCUACUAAAAAAAUGUUGAAUCAUCAAAUGGCGAUGUAUGAAUAUUUUGAUUAUUAAUGUUAAUCCCACUUCUUUACAGUAAUGACUCUCUUAAUUGAUAUAAGCACCUAAGUUUCAUUGAUAUAAGCACCUAAUAUAAAGAAGAAAUUGAAUAGAACUUUAAUGAAGCGGUUUGAUUGUUUACAUUACAUACAUUAAUUUUAAGGGUGGAUUCUUUUGGCGUAGAAAAAUAUAUAAUUUUCAGUCUCUAUGUAUCCUCGACUUGGCAGAAGUAAACACAUAAAACCCAAU